UGUAGCUCUAUGUCUAUGGGGAAGUUAUAUAAUUUUUCUUCUGGCUGAACUCUAGUCAAACGCUUCCGGGGUCCGCUUGCCAUGAGACCAGUCCGAAAAAUAUUUUAAAUCUGCUCCUGUAAUAAUAUUAAAAUAGUUGCACCUUGGCCGUGUAGUUUUAGCUGAAAUGGCUAUAACAGCGGAACACAUUCAGGACAAACUGAUCAAGGAGCUCGCGGCAGUGCACGUGGAUGUAGAGGACACAUCCCCUAAUAGAUGUGCUGCCAGCUACAAAGUCCUUGUUGUGUCAGCCCAGUUUGAGGGCAAACCACUGUUACAGAGACACAGGAUGGUCAACACAUGCCUUGCAGAGGAACUCAAAGCGAUCCACGCAUUUGAACAGAAAACCCUAACACCAGAACAGUGGGAAAAACAGAAAUCGCAAUGACAAAUGUAGAUCUUUAAAGUUACUUAAUGAGUACUCCUUUGUUCAUUUGUUAAACUGACAGAUAAACUUAUUCCAUUUUUCCAGUGCAUAUGUUGUGAAUGUCUGCUCUUUUUUUUUUUUAAAUUAAUUUCCUGAUUGCUGCAACAAUUUCUCUUUUAUGCCAGCUAAUCUUUGCAACUUGUAACUAGAUUAAUAAUUAACCCAAUAUUAUUUUCAAGUGUAAUAAUUUUUUAUUGAAUGGCACACAGACUAACGGCACUUAAGUCUAUACCACAUUUGUUGUUGUUAAAAGAAAAUGUCUAUUACCCACCUACCAUCUAGUGGAUUAUUCUUGGAGUGACACAUUUCAGCCGUACGCAUUGCUUAUUCAAUUUGCUGCAGUUUUUACUGUGGUUUGCCAUUCACAUCCAGCAGUACAUUUACAUGGCCAGUAAAACUUAGAUAACUCCAUUGUUUACAUGCACAAAAGAAAUCUUACUGUCAAACCUCUUGACAUAUCCGUUAUCAUCAAUAUAAAAAGUACAAUUCAUUAAAAUAACUUUCAUUUCACAUCAAAUCUGACUGUUAACAUGGCAUUUCAAGAAUCUGUGUUCAGAAAUCAGAUAAUGAUAUGAUUUUGGUGUGUAUGUAAACACAGAUUCCAGCCUCUUUGUUUAUAGGUUAGUUGGAGUAAUUAUUUGCUAUAAUGAUGCAUUCAAAUGAUGUCCGCCACUUGCAAAUAAGUUAUAAGUUUACUGUAUUGACACCCAAAGCUUUUAUGGACAAUAAGGCAUUUCUUUCACAAAUCUCACAAAAAUGUGCUUACAAUAACUUGAGACUGUUUUUUUCCCACAAGGUCAAGUAACGUAAAAGAAACCAAUAGUCGGGAUAAAAAAGAGGAAGCAUAAAAAGACCAGAUGGAAAUUGCCAAACAGUAAAAACGCUGACCUCUGCCGAGAAUUCAUAUGACUUUACCAAAAGAAAACAUCUGACCUAAGUAGUAGACAUUACGCAAGCAUUUUACGUUGUUGGAAAAAAACACCCAUACAAUACUGAAAAUAAAGUUAGUUACAAUUAUUUCACUACUUACUGAUUUAAUUUACAUAUUUUUUACACAUGGAUUACUAAAACAAGAAUCAGAUUUCACAUGGUCAGUGGACAUGUUAAAGUUCUAGAGUGGGGAUUACUUCCACCACUUACCCCUGUGGACCACUAAUGGAGCAGCCGGCAAGGGGCACAAUGUGAGCAGAAGUGUGUAAGAAAGGUGUUUUCAAGUGAAGGUUUUAAAGCACUUCAGUGACAAAUAUAACACUGAUUGAAAUAUAGACAUUAUUUACAAGCAAGCACAGAAUCGGGUAGCAGGCGAGUAUCAAUCUAUCUUAGUGUUUCCCAUUAAGACAAUGGUGGCCCCUCAUAGUCUAAAACAAGAUGAGCAAUAAAUUGGUGUGAAAAGCUUUUUAUUUUUUGCUUAUUGUAUUGUGCCACCAUAGUGUCAACAUAAUCCUGGGUUCCACUGUUAAACAUAUGCCGGAACAAAAGUACAAGUACAAAAGAAGGUAGAGGUAGAUUUGCUCCAGCAACCAAGAAAGAUACAUUUAAAGGAAAGAAUAUUUUAUAGCAUUAUUUCCUUUGUGGAUGCCCCUAUUUUCGCAGAUAUUGGUUUUGGAGAUAGAACCCUCAAUAUUAAUGAGGGUUUGACUAUUUAAGUUUGUGUUGAGUUGUCUGUUUUAAUACUUCAAACUAGAAGAUUCUUAUUUCAAAUUGAGGUGUAAGCUCUCUUGUCUCUAUUGCAAGAUUGUAUCAACUCCUUUGUGAGUGUCCAUACCAUUUUAGUUGACUAUCAAAACCCACCACAGUAUCAAAGAGCACAAUAUGAGGUCAAACUGAAAGUAGCACUGUCAUUUUGACCAGCUGACCCCUGUCUGAUACUGUCUGAGUGUAUCACCAGUGUUAAAUUAGGUGUCUCCAUCGGAGCACAGUAUAUUAUUGUAUUAUUGUGUUAAGUCGAGCAGAAAAGCUGAGAGUGAACAGAUCAAUUGGGUUCCAUUACCAACAACAGCAGCUUUCGUGGUCUAAAACCCCUCGUGGCAGGGAAUCUCCAAGAUCACCCGAAUGCUCAUUGCAGUGUAUUACCACUUAAAAUUAGCCCAUCCAUGUGAAGUGCGUCUGUAAAUAGGGUCAGAUAAUCUGGAUGGAAUAUAAAUUUUGGUGUUUUUGUUUUGUUAUUUUCCCACUGGUCUGCCCUGCCAUUCAAAUUUGUCCGGUAUAAAAAUGGCAUGAUAACAUUUGACUCAAGAAAUAUUUCAUAAUCCAUAAUUCAACUCAACUAAUACAUCUACACUGCAAUUAAAAUAUACAUUACAUUGUCAGAUAGAACAAUCAAUUUCAGAAGUGU